AUGUCAACUUAUUUAAAUGAAAAUCCCAUUUUAUCCGUACUUAUAUCUAAGGGAGAGAAAAUAAUUUCUUCAGAGGAUGAAACUAAAGAUAAUCACUUAUGUAAUGUAAAUUUAUCAUCAAAUAUUUUAUGGAAAACACAUGAACCUAUUAUACCAGUUACACAACCUUGUAUGACAGAAUACUCUUCAAAUUAUACAGAUCCUCUAACUGCUAUCACAAAUACGACAAAUUCAAAUUUCACUCCACAAUCAACUAAUAGUCAUCAGCCUGACUUGACUGUACACAAUGAAUUCAAUUGUAUUUAUCAACCAAAUGAAUCACAAAUGAAUAUAUCUAAAGAAUUAAAAGAAUUCUCAUCAAAUGAUAAAUAUUUUCAAUCAUUCAUACCUUCUAGACCUCUCUUAACAUCAUCAUGUUCAAUAGUAAAUGAAGAAAAUAAAACAACAUUCUCGUCAAAUUAUAAUUUAUUAUCAAAUACAUAUUAUCAACAAUUUUUAUUAAAACAUUGUAAUCGAAAUAGAAAUGAUGAUGAAGUUAUUAAUUUAAAAGAUGAAAAUUAUUGUAAUUCAUUAAUUAUGUCAUCUUAUGUAAAUCGAUUACAAAAUUCGGACAAUUUAAUAUGUACAAGUAUUAACAGUAAUAUUAAUGAUUCGUUUAUUGGGACUAAUACUAUUACAACAACAACUGUUACUACAAUUACUACCAAUACUACUAGUAAUAAUACAAGUAGUAAUAGUAGUAUAAGUCCAUCAACUCAUAAUGAGGCAAUCAAUGAAAAUUUUGAAUUGAAUCGAAAUCCUACAAGUAUGCCAUAUCAUCUUCAUCAUUAUUAUAGUUCAUGUGCUGAUGAUCAUAUGCCUGAACAUUCAAAUAAACAUUAUCAUCCAGAAAUGUAUCAACAGCAUUUACCAUGGUCAGAAUAUUAUAACACUAGUCAUCAUAGCAUUGAUACAUUGAAUGAUCACAGUAAACGUAGUAUUGGUUACAUAACAGAACCUGAUUUAUUGAAAACUGAACACCAGCAACAACAACAAUCAAAUUGGUUAAGUGAUAUACAUACUUGGGUAAAUAAUAGAUUUUCAUAUGAUGAUACCAUUGAUGAUAAAGCUUCUCCUGUAAUUAAUUCUACAUGUCAUUCAAUUCAAAAUCAUCCUUGUUCAAUUGAUCAAUCUGUUUACAAUAUUGAUCAUAUUGAUCAGAUGAGCGAUCGAAAUCAAUCGUUAAAUCUUCAUGCAAACAAUCCACAUUGUUUUCUAACAACAACAACAACAACAACUGAAGAUAGAAUUAUUAUUGAUCAAAAUGCAAUUGAAUCUUAUUUGUAUACAAAUUCUGAAAUAGAUGCUGCUAGACGAACAUUUUGUUCAUCAAUGUCUAUUGGAGAUGGAUGUUUAAAUUUUAAUGCGAAUACACCGAAUUUUUGGUCAAAUAAUAUGUGUAAUCUAUUAAACACAACUGAUCCUUAUAAAUCAAUCUUAAUGGCCGCUGCUGGUGUUCAAUAUCCAACAUACAAUUAUCAUCUUAAUAAUAAUAAUAAUAACUCAUCAGGACAAUCUGAAUAUACAACACUAUGUGAAACGUUUCUCUCUGCUAACAAUAAUAAUAAUAAUAAUCCAAUUAGCACCAGAGACUUGAACAUUGAACCGAAAUGUUCAAUAUUCACUAGUAGUCAAAUGGAAAAUGAAAAUCCAUUCAACACAUCGAUAACUAUGUCUAAAAAUGUAUUAGCUCAGUCACCAUCUCCAUCAUCAUCAUCGUUAUCCAGUGAAGCAAAAAUAUCAUUAGAUAUUGAACAUUCAAUCAUCCCUUCAAGAUCGUCAUCACUAUCAACAUUAAAUAAUAGUAAUGAUAAUAAUAAUAAUAAUAAUUCAACUACAGUUAAACGAUAUAUUGGUCGACCAACAUGUGAUUGUCCUAAUUGUCAAGAAUUAGAUCAUUUAAAUUUAACUAAUCCAAAUGUAGCAAGUGAAUUAAGACGAAAAAAUUUACAUAAUUGUCAUGUACCAGGUUGUGGUAAAGUUUACAAUAAAACAAGUCAUUUAAAAGCCCAUUUAAGAUGGCAUACAGGUGAACGUCCAUUCGUGUGUAAUUGGUUAUUAUGUGGUAAAAGAUUUACACGUUCUGAUGAAUUACAACGUCAUUUACGUACACAUACUGGUGAAAAACGUUUUCUUUGUCCUAUUUGUCAUAAACGUUUUCUUCGUAGUGAUCAUUUAAAUAAACAUAUACGUACACAUUCUGAUGUGACAGCCACAACACCACCAACAACAACAGUUAUCAAUGAGAACACUGAACACAAUACAAUUAAAUCAAUGGAUAAACAGUAUCCAAAUAUUAACACAACAAAUACUACUUCCACUACUACCACAACUAUCCUUACAAAUACUACUAACACUUUUGUCAGUAGUAGUCUCAAGGAUAAUAAUAUUAUCAUUGAUGGUCAUACACCUUUAAACACUUCAUCUCAUUUUAAUGUUGAAGAGAAUGUGAACGAAUAUACCAUGUGA